CCCAAGUGUCGUGAUGUAAGUUUGACGUCACAUCGUGAGCCGUGUUUUGAUUGGCCAAUUGCAAACGCUAUUGAGGUUUAUGGGAAACAUCAAAUUAUAUAAAAUUUCAGAAUGGAGAACUUUGUAAGGAGUUAACAGGUUAACUGUGAUGCAAUUUCAUGGAGUGAAAAUGAAGUGUCAGGUGACGAUUUUGUUCCAGCAAACCAACUUGACAUUUGAUCCUUGACCAAAAGCAGAUAUCUUGACAGAUAUCAGUGUGUCACUCAACAGCCCAUCAACCAAGCCUUACCCAUGAUUUGGGUGCAACUUGUGUUGAUCUGAGAAGAAAGAAACAGCGCCGUUUUAAGGUCCUUCAACGCGGUGCGACUGAUUACGGUCAGGCCUGGCGCCAACAAGUAAAAGAUUUUCACGGAAACAGCUAGUCAUUGGAUCUGUUUGACACCAAAGUGAACUUUCCAUAGCCACCAUUGUUGGCCACUGUCGGGAAAACAAGGGAAAGCGAGUUGAGUGAGAAAUCCAACACAGGGGAGUUUCAAAGUUUGCUGAGGAUGGACCUAUAUCAUCACCAUCUUCACCAUCAUGAGGCUAGGCCCUCCCUGCUUCGCAGCAUCCCGACACCAGCGGGUUACUCCUCGGGGUGCGGCCCGGCAAUUAAGAGUGAACCCCGGGAGACCGUGGCAGCACUAGCACCGCUCGGUAAGUGCAACACUCGUAACAGCGACGGACCGGACGCUGAGCGCAGUUGCGGUACCAGCGUCAUGGAGGAUUUGACGGUCAAAGGAGGAAGCAAGGACACGGUAGUGAAGCAAGAGCCGGGCGACGGAGCGGACGAUAAGCCGGACCCAGCAGACAAACCUCCGUACUCCUACGUUGCCUUGAUCGCAAUGGCCAUCAAGGAGUCUCCGGACAGGCGUCGAACUCUCAGCCAAAUCUACCAGUACAUCAUCAACAAGUUCCCGUACUACGAGAAGAACAAGAAAGGAUGGCAGAACUCCAUCAGACAUAACCUGAGCCUCAACGAAUGCUUCAUCAAGAUACCGAGGGAGGGCGGAGGGGAAAGGAAGGGGAACUUCUGGACUUUAGACCCGGCUUAUGAUGACAUGUUUGAGAAGGGUAACUACAGAAGACGCCGCCGGAUGAGACGGCCACACCGAAGCCUUGAUCUUGCGAUGCUGGACAAGCCUUAUCUGAGCUCUGAUCCACAGUACCCCUACCACUUGACAACAAAAUACCUCCACCCUUCCUAUACCAACUGGGGCAUGGGACACCACCAACCGCCCGUCAGCCAGUCCCCUCCUCACUACACCUACACCUCUUGCCAGGUAGCUGCAGCAGCAGCGGCGGCCGCCGCGGCCAACACGCCCCGAGGAAUGCCGCUCGGCCACGGCGUGGCUUCGCCUCAGCUCCCGGUGACCGUCCCAGCCGUGCAACCGAGUCACCACUACGGGCAGAUCCACCACCAGCCAGUGGCGUUUCCCAGCCCCGUAGGAUCGCCGUAUUCGACGGGUGCCCAGGUGGCUCCAGUGCCCGCCAUGGGGCCGGGAAGUCCCGGGCCGAAUACCGGCGGUUUUGAAGACGGCGGGCUUGCUGUGAGUUUCUCGACAUCAUUUGCUAGUUACCACACACCAUGCAGACGACAACCCGAUGGACUGCCGUACUACUAAAGAGGAAUACCUUUCGAGAAGUUCGCAAAGUAAUCAAAUGCUCGUUAAAUAUGAAAGAAAAGGAAAAGAAACCAGGUACCAAAUUUUGCAUUAAAACCAAAACGAAAUGACGAUUCUUUUCAAUGAUAUGUACAACUAGCCUGGAAGUAUCCAUAGCAAUGUUUUUGUAAAAA